CUCCUGCACUCGCGUGACCAGGGCCCUACGUCGUUCCGCUCGCGGGCUGAUGUGUCAAAGCUCCCUUAGCUUGGACCUCAGAUCCCGGGGGUGGUCGAUGCUUUACGGCUACAGCGCGGUGCAACCGGCCAAACGCCAUGGAUAACUCGGGAAAGGAGAAGGAGGCGCUGGCCCUCAUGGCCGAAGCGGAGAAGAAACUGAAGUCUUCGCAGUCGUUUUUCGGGACGCUGUUCGGGGGAUCCUCGAAGGUGGAGGAGGCUUGUGAUAUGUACGCCAGGGCUGCAAACAUGUUCAAGAUGGCGAAAAAUUGGAGUGGGGCAGGCAAUGCCUUCUCCCAGGCUGCGCGACUUCACCUGCAGAUGCAGAGCAAACACGACGCAGCCACCAACUUUGUCGAUGCUGGCAACGCAUUUAAAAAAGCUGACCCACAAGAGGCUAUCAACUGUCUGAACCGGGCAAUUGAAAUUUACACAGACAUGGGUCGUUUUACCAUUGCAGCGAAACAUCAUAUUUCCAUAGCCGAAAUCUAUGAGACUGAGUUAGUGGACGUUGAUAAGGCAAUCGCUCAUUACGAGCAGGCAGCCGACUACUACAAAGGUGAAGAGUCAACCAGCUCUGCCAACAAGUGUCUCCUCAAAGUAGCUACCUAUGCUGCUCAGCUGGAGCAGUAUCAGAAAGCUAUUGAAAUCUACGAACAGAUUGGAACCUAUGCGAUGGACAGCACCCUGCUCAAGUACAGUGCGAAAGACCAUUUCUUCAAGGCAGCACUCUGUCACUUUUGUGUGGACAUGCUGAACGCUAAGCUGGCUCUGCAGAAAUAUGAGGAAAUGUUCCCAGCCUUCUCAGACUCCCGAGAGUGUAAGCUGGUGAAGAAACUCCUUGAUGCUUAUGAAGAACAGAACGUUGAUGCCUACACUGAUUCUGUAAAAGAAUUUGAUUCCAUCUCUCGGCUGGAUCAGUGGCUUACCACCAUGCUUCUCAGAAUCAAAAAGACCAUACAGAACGAAGAGAGUGACCUACGUUAGCUGCUCGCCUUCCUUUCUCUGUCACAGUCCUUCCCCACACACUGCCACAACCCCACCUCUCUUCCAUCUUUUGUAUUUUUCUGCUUUUUUCCUCCGCUUUUUCUUUUACGGAUUGUUUUCUUCACACAUGCUAGUAUUUCACAUCUUUCCAUGCCUCUUUGCUUUUCUUCUUGCCACAACUGUGCUCAGCAAUAACAAAUUGCAAACACCUUUCUGGGUCAUUAAGAUGAUGAAGCCCAGCUUUAUAUACCAAGAUACUUUUAAGUAUAAUUCACUGUUAUUUUUAUGAUUUAUUAAACAGUUGAACUUCAAACUCUAAAUGGUAACAGCAACAAAAAGAAUUUUAAGAAUAACUGCAUGAAAGUAGGAUGCUAAAUGGGGGGAAAAAAAGUUUUCAAAAUAAAACCAGAGUUCUCAAUGACGUCCACUAUGUUCUCAAAUGGGGAACCGUCUGCAUCACACAUAAAAUAUAAAACUAACACAUUGGUAUAUUUUUACUUUGUCAUAAAGAUAGAGAUGUUGACGCACCAUGAAACUAGAAAAAGUGUCCCAUUUUGGGAGGGGGUUGUCUGAUUAUAGUGUGCCAGCAGCCAGAAGAGUCAAAUAAAUUUUUCUUGUUCUGGCAAUAUCAAACAGCAACUGAGAAUACUGCUUAAAACCUGUAGUUUUUCAACAUAACACACGUUCCGCAGUCAGUAAGAAAAAGCUGACUUUCACGUCAGUCAUGUUUGUAAUGAGUUUAUCAUGUCGACAUUUCAGCCACGCUAAGCAUUCAGAUCAUUACAGAUUAUUUAGCAAUUUUAAGAUAAUCUGAUAAAACAAACUUAAAUACAAGGAAAAAAUAUGAAACAAACUUUCAGCAGCUAACCUAAAAAAAAUCUGAAUCAAUGAAUAACUGAUACCAGUGUACUGCCCAUCACCACUUUACAGUUAUAUCGUCUAACUGUGUUAUAGCAAGAGAUUUUCAAUAUAUAUUCAGUUGUCAGGAACAUGGUAAGCAACUCCAAAGUAUUGUGAGGCAAGAAUAUGAAGUACCAGUUGAACUGUCCCAGUGCGUAGCAUACUUCCUUGAAUGGUAUAUGUCUACAACCUCAUGCCUACAGGUAGAUGACCAGCUGAAAAGCACUGACUGUGACUGAGGUCUCUUUAAUCAUGUACUUUUCAUGAUGACGUCUGUAAAUUGUAUUCUUUGGGGUAAGGGUUGUGUAUUUUUUGGGCUCAAUAUGAUCCAUGCUGGUUUUAAAAUGAGAAGAAAAUUCUCUCAACAGUUCAGCUGAAAUUGACUUUGUGGGUUAUGGGAAGAUAUAUCACCAAAAAAAAUUUUAAUAGAUUUUUUUUUGUGCAUUUUUUAUGGUCUACCUCCGUUACCGUUUGGGGGCAUAUUGCCCCCAAAUUUAACGUCUUAUUUUUCCCUGCAAUAACAGUAUAUUUCAGACCUUUUUCAUUACUAACGACCACCCCAACCCUUUCCAUAAAAAAAAUGCUACCCUAAAAUUAUUUAUCUCAUGCAAAAGAAACUGUGCCAAAGAGGAAAUUUUUAUGAAAAAAGUCAUCUGAAAAUGUUAAUUUUAGUUCUCUAAAAAAAGGUGUACUUUCGAACAAAAUAUAAUUUGAAAAUUGUUAUGCUUUAUUAUAAAUUUGGAUCUCUUUAGGACAAGUCAGCAGUUUCUACAUGUUUGAUUCUGCCAAGUUUUAUGGUGUUUUUGUGGAUCAUGAACACAAACGCAGGCCCUAAUUUCAGAGAAAUCCUGUUCAAGUGAAUGGUAGGGUCAGUUUGACCACAGACGGUAACAGAAGUACAUAAUUUUUUAGAGCACUUAGUCAUUUGGAAAUCUUAAUUUUUUAUAAAAUUGGCACAAAAGUUGGCACAGUUUAUGCACAAGUAUUAUUUUAGGUUGACAACAGCUAUCGUUGCCGAAAAUGGUGUUCUGCCAACCAGAAAUGGAGGUUCUGUGGUCCAAAUUUUUUGUUUUAGGGAAGGGGUUGGGAUGGUCCUUAGUAAUGGAAAAAGGUCUGAAGUAUAUUCGUUAUCGUGGGAAAAAAUGUAAGACAUUAAAUUUGGGGGUAGUAUGCCCCCAAGCAUUACAGUAGUAUUUACAAUAUUCUAGAAUACACCAGUGGGAUAAUUAGUGCUUUUCUAGUUGGUAUCUGAGGUAAAUUAUAAAGCCUGUCACACCAAAUCAUAUUUUGGCCGAUGCUUCUUGUCUCUCUCAGAUCCACAUUGAAUUGUAUCGGAUUAUGCUUUGUAAAAUAAAAGCUGGUUUGUAUGGCAUUAGAAAAACGCAAAAUGUUAUUGGCCCUGGAAUAAAAUUGAAAUUAAAAAUCAUAAUUGCUAUUUAA